CAUGGGCGUGUACCAGUUCCCCAAGAAAAAGGUAACCACUGAUCAAGGGUGGGACUGGGAGGGAGCAGCUGCAACAGUUUGGGCUUCUGUUGAUUGCUUGUACAAGUACUACUAAGAUAUGUUCAGCUCAUCGAUGUCGGGAACCCUUAGUUAUGACUAAGUUGCAGCUUUCAAUGUUGAUAAAUGGGCUGGAUAUUGGGGUAGAAUUCACACACCUUCAUCUUUGUCAUCUCCAAUAUCUCUCUCAAUUCAAGUUUGCAAUGAAUUCCAACUUUGGAUCCUCUUCACAUUCCAACUGGGGGUCCUUAUCCAAUUCCGAAUUGGAAGAUAAAUUGACGCAGACGAAACAAGAAGAUGAGGAGUCCGAUGAAGAAGAUGAAGCAUGGUGCAACACAACAUAUAUGGCAGUAAGGGCUGGGGUCAUGGCGUGUGAGGAAACUGAAGAACAACCUCAAUGGGAUGGCUCUGUUGCUGGUCACUCUUACAAACCACGAAAUAGAGAGAUGGCGCAUGAGACUUUGACGAAUAAUUACUUCAACUCCAACUCAGUGUACAUAGAAGAGGAUUUCAGACGCCACUUUCGGAUGAGGCUUCAUGUCUUUGAGCGUUUACUUCAUGAUGCACAACAUGGCAAUCCAUACUUUCUACAGAAAAAGGAUAAAGCAGGCCACGCUGGUUUCUCAACUUAUCAAAAGGUUACUAUUGCACUCCAAAUGCUGGCAUAUGCCUCCCCAGCUGAUGCGAUGAAUGAUACAUAUGGUAUGUUUGAGUCUACAUGCCUGGAUAAUCUUGCUGAAUUCUGUCACACAGUUGUUCAGAUUUACAAAGAAGAGUACCUCGGUGAACCAAAUCAAGCAGAUCUGGCUCGGCUCUUUCGCAAAGUUGAAGACCGUGGCUUUUUGGGCAUGAUAAGGUCCUUAGAUUGCAUGCAUUGAUAGUAGAAGAACUGUCCCACCAUAUGGCAAAGAGGAUUUAGCGAAAGAUUGAGAAAGUCAACUAUUGUGUUAAAGGUGGUUGCCUCAUUUAACACAUGGAUCUGACAUGCUUUCUUUGGAGUCCCAAGAUCCCAAAAUGACAUUACAAUACUUGGGCGUUCACCCCUUUUUAAUAACCUGACGGAUGGUAAACCACCUUAACUUGACUACUACAUCAACGGGCGUCAAUCCAAAUGGAGUAUUACUUGGCAGAUGACAUCUACCCAAAGUGAGCAACAUUUGUCCAAGCAAUUGCAAGCCAUGUGGAUGAUGCCCAAAGGUGGUUUACCAUACACCAAAAGGCAUACCGGAAAGAUGUUGGGAGAGCUUUAAUAUUCUACAAGCAUGGUGGAAGAUCAUUAAGGAACCGGCAAGAGGGUGGAGUCGAGAUAAAAUUGGACUCCAUCCUGAUGUCGUGCAUCAUAUUACACAACAUGAUUGUGACAACCAAGAUGAUCCAAAUAGGUCAAGAAGGACUUGUGCGAAAAUAUAUGAUGGGCCUAAUUUGUCUUGGGAUCCAAGAACUGGU